GCUCUAUACGCCCAUGGACACUGACUGCCAUACCAAAGACCUGAGCAACCGGCUCAUACCCGCUGUAAAUACUGUCGGAAGUGAAGUUUGAGAGCACGUUUGAUCUGAUGACAUUACACGAAAUGUGGUGGCUGCUGUAACAGAGAGGGAAAGAGUAGGGAAGAGGAAUUUCCCCCUUUCCCUAGAGUCCUUGUGUCUCCAGAUUACCUUUAGCUGAACGAGCAGAUACACAGGUACAUACUGGGUGGUACUUGGUCCUCUCUCGAACUAUCUCCCACCCUGACCGGUCACUCCUGUAACCUUCAGCAUCUUCUUGACCUCCCUGACCCAAACUCUGCCGGGCAGAAGCCGAUCUUCUACAAAACCCACAACUUCCCUCUCAACCCCACCCCAUAGCAACAGUUACCAUGGCAGCAGCCAAGCCAAAAGGGCAGAACUCGCUGGCUCUUCACAAGGUGAUCAUGGUCGGAAGCGGCGGUGUGGGAAAGUCGGCUCUAACUUUGCAGUUCAUGUAUGACGAGUUUGUGGAAGACUAUGAGCCCACAAAAGCUGAUAGUUACAGGAAGAAGGUGGUUCUGGAUGGAGAGGAAGUCCAGAUAGAUAUUUUGGACACAGCAGGUCAGGAGGAUUAUGCAGCCAUCAGGGAUAACUACUUCCGCAGCGGGGAAGGAUUCCUCUGUGUCUUCUCCAUUACUGAACUAGAAUCUUUUGCAGCGACUGCUGAUUUCAGAGAGCAGAUUCUGCGGGUGAAAGAAGACGAGAAUGUCCCCUUUUUGUUAGUGGGGAAUAAGUCAGAUCUGGAAGACAGGAGGCAGGUUAGCACUGAUGAGGCCAAAGCCAGAGCUGAUCAGUGGGGGGUGUGCUACGUGGAGACGUCUGCAAAGACCCGAGCCAACGUAGACAAGGUUUUCUUUGACCUUAUGAGGGAAAUUCGUGCCAGGAAGAUGGAGGACAGCAAGGAGAAAAACGGCAAGAAGAAGAGGAAAAGUCUGGCCAAACGGAUCCGUGAAAGAUGUUGCAUUUUAUAGUCUCUCUGAUGAUAUUCUCUUAGGUUUUACAUAUGUAUCUGGAUGUCUAUAUUUUGCCCUAUUGCCAACUAAUCCCCAUCUGCGAUAUUUCCUUGUGUUUGUGCGUCAGAUGUGGGGUUGUUGCUAGAAUAAGGAUCAGGAAUGUCUGUUAUGGUUGAUUUCUUAGGCUAUGCCACAUGCUGUAUUGUCUACUUUAGGCUGAAAUCUCCUGUGUGUCUGUUGAAGCACAGGACACUAUUGCUUCAUUCAUUGGUUUUAGAAAAAAAAUGAACCCAGCACAUCAUAAACUAAACCUAAUUUUGGAUGCUUUCUUAAAAACAGCAAAAAAUAAAUAAAAAUAAAAGAAUGGUGUCCAUUAUUAGUUUUAACAUAAUAAUGUAAUAAUAAGUACAGUGACGAUUGGGCUUUUGUUACUCCAGUUAGUGACAGUUGUACCCGAGUUGUUAUUAUUGUUUAUUUAUUUUAUUUUGUUUAGAGACUUAAUGUUCCCUAACUUUACCCAGCUACUUGGCAGCAUCAGUGGACUAAAUGAUACGUAAACAGGAAGUUAUUUUGGCUGCAGCCAUUUUGUGUACUUCAGUUCUUGAUGCCUGGAUGUCCAGUUGUGAAUGUGACUUGCACUUAUCACCCAUACUGGCAGAGCUCCACUGAUCCCAUUUGUGUCUGAUCAUUUUGGAAUUAGAGAGGCGGCUAGCAAGAUGGGAAAGAGACCCUACAUUGUAUUGCUUAUGUGAGCAGCAAGUUAGAGAAAUGACACUUUGACAUUUGCUCUCCGUCUUGCUAAUGGAAGGUCAAAAUGCCACAGCAACAUUGCAUGUGGCCAAAGUAUGUACAAUGACAAUCUUAUGCUUUUCAUAUGGGAUAUGUAAAUCCAAAAUGUGUCCUUUUGGACAGCUUGUGUACUCAUGCCCACUGUUCGAGUCAUAACCAGAAAAAUACAUGUUUCUAUUGUCAUCUUGAAAAUAUGUAAUGUGUAUCAGUCCAGUAACUUUUUUUUCUUAGUUUGCUUUUCUGCGUAUUUAUACAUGUAUUGCUGGUGUUUAUUUCAGCCACUUCAAAAAUAUAUAUUUUUUUUCUAAUUUAAAUGUGCUUUAUUAUUCAAAUGGAUUUAUAUGGAGUUCUAAUUUUCUGUAUUGUGGCCAUACCUCGAUUGCUUUUUAGAAGAAAGAAAAAGAUGAUACAUCCCAGAUUUCUGGUUUAUCAUGACUAGUUCUUUGAAUGUAAAAACUGAGGCCACAUCCACACUAAUCCAUUUUCAGUUCCCAAAUGUCAUCAUUUUCUAAAUGAUGUGGUAAUGGAGAGCAUUUUAGGUGGAGGAAAAUGCAGUUCUAGUCUUUAAACGGAAAUGGAUUUGUGUAAAUGUGGCCUUACUGUUUUAGCUAUUGUUUUCAAGGCACUUCUGGCAACAUGCAGGAAAAUAAUAUACAGUGCUGUGCAAAAGUCUUAGGUGCAUUAUAUUUAUAUAUUCUGCUUUUAGUGUAUCAAUAGGAAAUAUCCAUUUUAGAUUUCAACAUUCCCUUUGCAAAUAGAAUUGAAUAGAAUUAAAACAAGGAGCUCUACAACAGAUGUCAUGGCCCCCACAGAGCCUGGAUCUCAACAUCAUCGAGUCAGUCUGUGAUUACAUAAAGAGACAGAAGCAAUUGAGACAGCCGAAAUAGAUAGAUAGAACUGUGGUGAAUUCUCCAAGAAGCUUGGAACAUCCUUUCUGCCAACAACCAAGAAAAACUGUAUCCAGGUGUACCUAGGAGAAUUGGGGCUGUUUUAAAGACAAAGGUGGUCACACCGAAUAUUGAUUUAGCUUUUUUAUGUUUACUGGACUUUGUAUGAUGUUAAUUGAUUAAUGAAAACUAUUUAUGGCAUUAUUUUUGAAGACAUCCUCACUAUGCAACAUUUUUCACAAGUGCCUAAAACUUUUGCACAGUACUUUAAGUCCUUCUCUAAAUCAACUGUAACAUUUUCAUUGGAUAAGUGACUAGUUCUCCCAUUUGUCAUUGCACAAUGGCUCUGUGUUGACAUGUGAGAAUAAUGAACGUGCAUCACUUCAUGCAAAGGUGUCAAGAGCAAAAUGUUUGCUUGGGAACCAACAUAACGUGAGCAGUGGUCUUAAGUAUGAACUACUAACACAAGAACCUCCUGUUAUUGAAUAUAUGAAUCUAAAGAUGUCACACCAAAGGCCAGUGGGGUAUUAUUGCAUGGUGGAUUAUAUCUCUGCUGAAGUUUAAUGUAUGCAAAGGCUUUUGUAGCAAUAGCAGCUGUGUUCUUGCCUGUUUUGAUUAAUCAUUUCUUUCAUGGUGCUAUUUUUGCUUAUUUAAAAAGACUUUGUCCUUCGUAUGUAUGUGUACUUGUCUGUGUAUGUCUGAAGCAUGGAAGUGUGUGUCGAGAAUGGAUGUGUAUUUUAAAGGGGAAGGGUAUUCUGUUAAAAAUGUUUUUAGUGCGCAGCAAGUAAAAAUAUGAUUUCAGUGUAAAAUAUACAAAAUGUAUUGCUAGUUUUCAGUAGUAGGUAGAAUUUCUAGUUGAACGUUAUGUGUAAAAUAUUCAGACUAACUGCUCAAGUUCAUUAUUUUUCUUUAAGGACCGGCCAUUCCUUAUGUGUGCCAUUUCCCACUGUAACAGUAACAUUUUGCUUUCGAAGCAAGGAAAAUGUAAUUUACUAAUUUAAUUGAUUUAAUUUAUACAAAUUUCUUUCUGAAUUAAAUGUGUUUCUAAAGUUUUCUUAUUUACCUUGGCAUUUGCUUUGAAAGGUAUGUUUUCUCAAAUGUUUUUCUUUUCUCUUUUAACCACAUAUCUAUACAGAUUAUGUAUACUCUUACAUUAUGGUUAUGCUAAAGUAUUUCUAUUAAAAUCAUAUAUUGUUGUUAUGCUUUGACUGUACUGGAAAAGAAAUACUUAUUGCUAUAGCAUCAAUGCCCUGACUGCCUGAAAUGAUCCAAUUCUUGUUAUUGCAAAUUUUAUUUGUUAAUUAAAAAAAUAGAAAAGAAAAUACACAUCUCUAUUGCAUUAUGAAUGUAAUUCUAUGGUUUUCCACAUGGUGACAUCAACUUUUGGAUCGUGUUAUAUGUAAAGAACAUGUCAGUGCUUAUUGAUAAUUUACCCUUUUUGUUUUUUUUUUUUCAAUUGCAGCCUAUCAAAAGAACUGACUGCACAAGCAUUCAUUCACCCUUCGUGUUGGGUAGACUUACGAAAUGUAAUCUGGUAUAAUUACAAACUCUACGACCAAAAUUGUAAUCAGUAAUGUAUUUUUUAUAUUAAACAUUUUAGGUCAUCUAAAUGUGAAAUGUAUUAACCAAUUA